AUGGCUUCGAAAAAGCUGUACAACUGGUAUUGUGCCAUGGUGGCGGCACUUUGCAUGGUGCUUUACGGGUACGAUGCUUCAGUUUUCAACUCUCUCCAGGGUUCAGAUAACUGGUUCGAGUGGGUUGACAUGGACCCGGUGGAGGAUACUUAUAUGCUUGGGUUGAUCAACACAAGCUACACAAUCGGAGCCAUCAUCUCUGGCUUCUUCAUGGGCGGUCCGCUCGCAGACUACAUGGGACGUCGCUGGGGCAUGUUCAUCGGCUGCUUCAUCACCAUAAUAGCGACUUUUAUGCAGACCUUUACUCCACACCACAAGAUUGGAGUCUUUAUUGCUGGCCGCGUUCUCAUUGGCAUUGGUCAGGGUCUCGCUCUUACUGCGGCACCUGUCUACAUCGGAGAAGUUGCUCCGGCCAACAUUCGAGGAAAGGUCAUGACGAUCUGGCAGAUGAACUACUCAGUUGGGUCCUUCAUUGCUUACUGGAUCAACUAUGCGUGUUCCAACAACCGUGAGAAUAUGGGCCAGUGGGAUUGGAAGAUGGUUGUCAUCUUCCAGAUUCUCGUCCCUGCCAUUGUCUGCCUUUCUGUCCUCUGGAUCCCUGAGACUCCCCGAUGGCAUAUCCAGAAGAAUGGCAACGUGGAGGCUGCCAGAGCUGCACUGACAAGAAUUCGAGAGACUGAGCAAGAGGUUGAGGAGGAGCUGCUUGCUAUUCGUGGUGCUAUCGAGUACGAGAAGGAGGCCAUCAGCGGAGUCUCGUAUUCCGCUCUGUUCCGGGACCCCUCAGUCCGAAAGCGAAUCAUCCUCGCCUUUCUCCUCAACAUUGGUCAGCAACUUUCUGGACAAGGCACUCUCAACUCGUACUCUACGACCAUUUACAAGAACGUGUGGUCAGACAAGAAGAAGAUCAACCUCAUCAACGCCCUCAACGCCACCUUUGGAAUCAUCUUCACCCUCAACGCCAUGUGGACUUCUGACCGUUAUGGCCGCCGCUGGCUGCUCAUGGUUGGUGCCGUGGGCAUGGGAGUCUGCAUGCUCAUCGUCGCGGUCGUGGGUUUGGAAACACCGACAUUCGAGGGCAACGUCAAGUCAGAGUCUGUGGGCAUCGCUAUCGUCUUCCUUUUCUUCCUUUUCGCCUUCUUCUACAAGCCUUCUUGGGGAGCGACAGUUUGGAUGUGGACUGCCGAGGUGUUUUCCAUGAACAUUCGAGCACAAGCUGUGGGCAUGUGUUCUCAGAUGCAGAACGUGGCCAACACCAUCUUCCAGCAGUUUUUCCCUACCUUUUUCCGAAGAGAGGGCCUCAAGUGCCUCUUCUUCUUCAUGGCCAUCAACUUCUGCCUCGCGGCUUACGUCUAUUUCUUCAUCCCCGAGACGAAGCAGGUCCCUCUGGAGGAGAUAGAUACUCUGUUUGGUGGUGCUUCUCAUGCUGCCAAGGGUGGCGAUAUGCUGGAGGAAAAGGCUGCUGUUGAAAGCACGGCUCAGCCAUCUGGCCUCGAGAUUGAGAAUACUUCUCAAGCAAAGCAGGCCAACACCAAGGAGCAGACUGUCUAA